UGGAUUUAUAGGCUUAGCUGAACGCACUCAAAGAACCACAUGUGUUAAAUUAAUAAAAUGAAUGAAGACGUCACGUCGGUGAGUCUUUCAACUCCCACACAAAGACACAAGGGGCCGACGAGUUCGGGACCCUAGGCGAAAGAGGUUUGACUAAGUGGUCCCCACCAUAUUUCAGGAAGGAAUUACUGUGAAGAACGUACAGAGAAGGGAUUGAUAGCCAGUGCGGAAGAAGUGGAGAACGGUUUUUAGAUCAUCUUAGUAUGAAAGCGUGAAAUUUCCAAAAUUUCGAGGAUGCGAGCGUGAAAAUGAGGUCAGGAAAGCGUCGAAGUAUCACGUAGAGAUUAAUCAACGAGGAUCGGGCGGAAUAAUGGCGUUGGAACUGUCAUUUUUGGUGGUACUGUGCAGUGAGAUGCGCUUGAAUGAUUUUUCAGAGGUGUUGAACGCGAUUAUCAAACGAUUGAUAAGAUUUUUUCUCUUCCUGCUGGGCUGUUUCACUAUCCCCGUUCUCCGAUUGCGGGGAUUGCGAAAACAGAGGAGAUGUCCACCCAUUGGGAACAAAAUAUUGUACAUGUCGGCGACGGAAUUGGCGGCAAAAAUCCGUAAACGAGAGGUGGCUUGUGAGGAAGUAGUCCAGGCAUACAUCCAAAGAUGUCGAGACGUCAAUCCAAUGUUAAACGCUAUUGUUGAUAAUCGAUUCGAUGCGGCCUUGAAAGAAGCACGUGAAAUUGACGUAUUCCUGAAAUCAAGUGAUAAAACAGAGGAGACGUUGAAGAACGAAACUCCAUUACUUGGUGUACCAAUUACAGUUAAAGAGAGUAUUUCAGUUGCAGGGAUGAGUCAUGCUGCUGGACGUAGAACGAAGGAGCCAAUACUUGCACUCAACGAUUCUGACGCUGUGAGACGUGCUAAGAAGGCAGGUGCUAUACCACUGCUUGUCAGCAAUACACCGGAGAUGUGCAUGUGCUGGGAGACAUUCAACAACGUGACUGGUACAACAUGGAAUCCUUACGAUACUAAUAGAACACCGGGUGGCUCUUCGGGUGGCGAAGCAGCACUUGUGGCUUCAGCCGCAUCAGUACUGAGUAUCUCUUCGGACAUUGGGGGGUCUGUGCGUCUGCCAGCAUUUUUCUGCGGUGUCUUUGGUCAUAAACCUACACCAGAGUGGGUUGGGGCGGACGGGCAUUUUCCGGACUGCGAUGAUCCCACAUGGCCUGCAUUCUUCACUAUGGGCCCCAUGGUCAGAUACUCAGAGGAUCUCGUCAUGUUCCUGAAAGUAUUGACGCGGUCCAAGGACGCGGUUGCACGACUGAAUGAAGAAGUUCAACUGUCGAACAUUAAAUUCUACUAUAUGGAGGACAUUGGCUCUUCGGCAGUGGGCAGUGUUGAUGGAGAAAUUAUUCGAGGAAUGCGAAAGUUUUUUAAACACUUGGAAAAUGUUCAGGGGAUCAAAGUUCAACAGAUUGAAAUACCGGAAGUGGCGUAUGCGUUCGAAGCCGCAACGUCAAUGUUAGUGCAAUUGGAUGGAGUGGAUACCAUUUAUAAAAAGGGGGGAAACCCUCGAGAAUGGAGAAGUGUCUUCGUCGAAUUUCUGAGGUACAUUACCUUCAUGUCACCCCACACAUUCCCCAAUUUAUUCUACGGAAUAUUGAAGAAACUCGGGAAUGCACUACCCAGUGGCCAUUACAAGUGGUACGAAAAGAAGAAUAAUCUCAUAAAAAAACGUGUCCGAGAGAUACUCGGUGACGACGGAGUUCUCAUUUUUCCAUCAUUCACAUCAGCUGCACAUUACCCUUACGAAAUUUACCAUAAAAUUUGUGACACUUCGUACAUGAUGAUUUUUAAUUCCAUUGAACUUCCGGUCACACAAUGUCCAAUUGGUCUGAAUAGAAAGGGUCUGCCAAUAGGACUACAGAUUGUGGGCAAUACUGGACGAGAUAAUUUAACAAUAGCUGUAGCUCGUGAGGUGGAGAGAGCUUUCGGAGGCUGGCAAGAACCCCCAAGCACUGAAGUAGUUGUUUAAGAAAUAGCACUAGUGCAAACUCCCGUCAAACCACCAAUGGCCAGUCUGAUGGAUUGGAUUUGAUAUUUUAAUGAUAAACGCGUGAAUGAGAGCCAACGGUUGACACCAAAUAUCUGACUUUUUUCACGAUGUCUCUGUGAGAAUUUUAAACAUUCAGUAAUUACUCAAAUUGUUUGUAAAUAACGAAAUCUUAAAUAAUUUAAUAUUGAAUAUAUUUCCAAGUAUCAUUGAAAUGUAGAAUUACAUGCCCCGGGAUACCGCAUAAAUAUGUUACUGUAACGAUAUUCACUGUUGCAUACAACAAAAACCUGAAUCAUUUUUAAUAAAUAGCUUCUUAAUAA